AUGCCUUUCCCGCAACGGUUGUCAAAAGCCGUGCUCGAUAGACAUUUUGGAAAAUAUUGUGAUGCCCUCAAGAAGGUACACGCUUCUACUCCCUAUUCUGAUCUUUUAGUUCAAAUGCCUCAAUUUGCAAAUUUUGUAAAGAAUAUUAAAGAUCAACAUGAGGAUAAGGAAGUAGCACAUAAGAAGGGCCCUACUCUCUUAUAUGAUAACCUACCACCUAAGCUGCAUGAUCCUGGUAGUUUCACUAUUCCCUGCACGAUAAACGAGAAAUUUUUCGAUAAGGUUUUGUGCGACUUAGGUGCUAGUGUUAACUUAAUGCCUUAUUCAUUGUAUGAGAAUUUAGGUUUGCAAGGACUUAAACCUUCCCCUAUUUCUCUUCAAAUGGCUGAUAGAACCUCUAGACUCCCUAAGGGUGUGGUUGAAGAUGUAUUAAUUAAGGUUGAUGAACUUAUUUUUCCUAUUGAUUUUGUUGUUAUGGACAUGAAAGUAGACCAUAAGAUCCCGAUUAUAUUUGGUCGUCCAUUCCUUGCCACAAGUCAAGCUCUAAUAGAUGUUCCUAAAGGACAAGUGACCAUUAGGGCCCAGGAUAAACAAGUCAUAUUCAAGCUCUUUGAUGAACAUAAAUCUAAAUUUAAUGGUGGUACUUGCUUAAGAAUCGAUGCUACUAACCCUUUUGUUGAUAAGUAUGUAUUUGAUAGAAAUUUCGUGAGAAGCAAGGACAAAAUUCCACCAUAUGAUGUGUUUGGCCGCAUGAAGAGAACAUCGGUAUAUAGGAGGAGCGAGAUACUGAGAGAUUCCAUCAAAAGUGGAAAAUAA